AUGUCGACCCGGCAGAAUUGUAUCUUAUUACCAUUUUUAUGUUUAUGUUUGUCAAUUUUAUUAUUUCCAGUGUUACAACUAUGCCGAGCUGAGAUAUCGGACUCCAUGCCAGAUCCUUGGUAUUCGGCAAAUGUCAUUAAUGAUGGAUUUCAACCGAAGCCAAUUUCGGAAAUAUUUUCUACCGAAUCCACGUUUUCGUCUACAAAUCCUAUUAUUGUUUUACCAAAGGCAUCAAGUUCACCUCAAGAAGGGACUAGUCUUUUAACGACAUUGGCUCCAUCGACUUUGAAAGUUUCAAGUGCUGGUACUACAGGAGAUUUAACGGAAACACUAUCUAUGAUAUCAACGACACCAUCAACUCCACUAUAUUCAACAGAAGAAACACCACAACGCAAUCCGAUCUCAUUUCAAGUACAAACCGAAAUACAACAAUCCCCCAUUUUGGAAUUAAUACAGUCAGUUCAACCUAUUCAGCCAUUGCUACCAUCCGCGUCUCCGGAGCAACCGAUUCAACAAACACAAACAGCAGACCCACUCCUGCCAGGAGUACAAUCUAUUCAAACGACUUUGCCCCAAGUUAACACUGUUUCGACAGGAGUACCUAUUCAACCAACUGAACAAACUCAAACGCAGACCCGUCCUUCGCAAGCUCAAACUCAAAAUCAACAAAUUCGCUUAGAAAUAGUGCCCCAAAAUCAGCCUAUUGUUAAUCAACCAGCACCAACUAGGUUCCAGUCAGAACAACCUUCGACUCAACAACCAAAUUUACAAUUUUCAUCUGUCACACCUUCGUCUAACUACUUUCUUAUUUACCAGCAGGCUCCCCAAAACAUACAAAAUUAUCCACCUCAACAGCAAGUUGCGCCUUUUGUAAGCAAUCAAAACCCAUCGUCUACAAUUCCGACAACAACACUUUCCCCUACCACACAACCAUUACCACAAGUAACAGUUCAAACAGUGUCUUCGAAAGUUCCCGAAACACUAACAUCAACAAACGCGUUUGAAACAGUUUCGACGACAGCCAAAUUAGUGGCAUCAACAGCACGCACCAUUGUUACGACUUCUAAUUACCGAGCUACACAAGGUUUCAACCGAAAAUUGGGAACACCUACUGCUAUAGUUCAAAGACCGCCUUUAUUCCCAUGGAUGAUCCGCGUUGUAGCCCCAGUUGGAUCGAUCACAAAUGUGAAGAUAAAUCCCACAAGCACGACAAGAAGACCCACUACGACCCGAACCCGAAAGUCAAAGCCUAAACGCAAUAGAUAUGAUGUUUGCAUCGAUUCGUGCAAAGGAAAGAAAGAACCUAUUUGUGGUGUGCCCAUUUCUGGCGGACACAUAGACCCGAGGACUCUCAAGGGUUUCCCGUCCGUAUGUCACAUGGCUUGCCACAAUUCCUUUAGGAAAGAUACAUACGAAAAAUUGAUAGACGGCAGAUGCGGAAAGCUACGUUCACGAAUUCGAAUUGUAGAAUCUAACAAGAGACUGAAGAGGCCGGAAUUGAAAAAGGCCGAGUACAUUGUGGAAAAUGUCGGUCCGAAGACCAUCUUUGAGUUUACAGGCUUAGUUUAGUCUAUCUGAAAAUAUUUUUCAGUAUGUUCGGUUUGUUAAAGAAACAACGGGACAAUAAUUAGCAUUUAAUUACACAAAAUAAAACCAGUUCAGUUUUAGAGGUCCUUUCCUGUAUAUACACGAGGAAGAU